GGAGUCUUCAACCUUAAUAUAUUAAGUGCCAAAUCUAUAUAUAUAUAUCGAUCACUAGCCCCAUUACCGGUCCAUGUAUCUAUGCCAUCAUGAAUUAAAUGGAUUGUGAAUGGACGCGGGGCUCUCCAGCCGAGAUCUUGUACAUGCAUGCAUCUCAGAGCUGUCUUGACUAGAAAUCGAUGUCUAGGCACCCGACAUGGGCCAUGACCAUUCAGACAUGUUGAACACGAGUGCGAAGCCAUUAUCCUACGAUCCUGACACUCCCUUGCAUAAUGGGUCUACGGUACUGGUAACACCUAUGUUGGAGGCAGUACCAGAGAAAGCGAUGGAGGGGAGCAAUCAUCACCACACCGCACACGAUUCUGACAGGCGAACGAACUUACUAGAAUCCGAAAAUAGCCCAAGGCCCCAUGUUACUCUAAAUCUCCAGGAAUUUGAGGGAAACGACAAUGAUUGUCCGGGACCUCAGGGUAAGAAAGACAACCGUGCCAUUACUGCCAACUCAGAGGAUUCGAGUACUUCCACUAGCUACAAUCUUAUUAACAACCCACCAAACCUUGCAAGAAUACGACAAGUAAUGUUUGAAUGCAAAGACCCAAUCGAGAUUAGCCUCGAGGAAUUCGAAACAUACUGGCCCUACAUCGAUAAUGUGUGGGUUAAACAAAGAUCUAACUCUAGCAAAGAAGGACACUGUACUACAGAUUACUAUAUGUGUCGUCUACGGCGCCCAACGCAUCGUACAUCGGAGACUCGACCUCUACCGGAGGGUAAGCGCCCUCGUAAAAAGAGGGUACGUGAGGGUGGUAUCUGCAACUUUCAGAUCAAGGUUGUCCGCUUUGAAGGUGCUUAUUCAACGGUGACUAUCGCAAGAACACCUGGGAGUAGCUCUAUGCACUCGCAUGACCUUGAUUAUAUCGACAAAGUGAAGCGAAAUUCGGGGCUUAUGGAGUUUGCACGGAAGGAGGCCAUUAAGGGGUACUUGCCUUCGUCUAUCUACACAAAGUUUCAGGAGGAACCUCAAAAGCUUAUCGAAGCAGGGGGGAAGUUCUGCACUGUUACGGACGUUCGUAAUGUCUCCGCAAAAUGGAGAAUACAGAACCCAGAAGUUAAUCUCAUGCCUCAUGAUGGGUAUGAAUAUCAGAAGGGACAUGGUAUCGUGCGGGCGAGGGCUGUUGAUGGUAACAGCAAAAACCCAGCUAAACCGACACCGCCGAAGGCACACCAGGAUUCUCCUCUACCGCCAGAUACUCUGUUGUUUCCUCAUUUCCCUCUGGAUUUUCUCGAGCCUUAUCUCCCAAGGUACGACGAAAGGCGGCAGUUUCCACACGUCACUUUGUCGUAUGCAUCCUCCAUGGAUUCCAAGAUAUCACUGCUUCCGGGGAUGCAGACAGUCCUAUCUGGGCCGGAGGCAAAGCUAAUGACACAUUACCUAAGGUCACGCCAUGAUGCUAUCCUAAUAGGGGUCGGGACUGUACUCGCGGAUAACCCAGGGUUGAAUUGUCGAUUAGAAGGUGCAGGCGGUUUCGGCGGCCUUGGAAGGAUGUGGCAACCACGGCCGGUUAUAAUUGAUCCGACAGGGCGGUGGCCCGUCCAUCCCGAAUGCAGGAUGCUGCGAACAGCAGUUGAAGGAAAGGGUAAGGCACCAUGGGUGAUUGUGUCACCAGGAGCCCAAAUCAACCCCCAGGAAUUGAUGAUGCUGAAAGGGUACGGGGGAGACUUUCUCCGGAUUGUGGAAUACAAUCACAACUGGCGGUUGCGCUGGGAAGCUAUUCUACGUGCCCUGGCGUCUGAAGGAGUUAAAAGUGUCAUGAUUGAAGGCGGUGGGACUGUUUUGAGCGAGCUGCUGAACCCCGAGUAUACGGAUUUCAUUGACUCUAUCAUUGUAACCGUCGCUCCAACUUAUCUGGGCAGUGGCGGGGUACCAGUAAGCCCAGACUCAAAGCGUGAUGAACAAGGAAAGCCCAAUGCCGUCCUGAACCCGAGGGAUGUGAAAUGGAUGCCACUGGGACAAAACGUCAUAAUGUGUGGGAGAAUUCGUACUGUAACCCCUGUCCGGGCCGAUGGGUCCAACGCUCACAGCCCAGAGUCUUGAGCCAGACACCUUUGGGUUUAUCCAAAGAAAAAAUUUGCCUCGGAGACGAUACGGCAACUACCCUGGGAGCGUCUAGGGUACAUGUACAUACCUAGAUGGUGCUAACUAAAGCAGAUUGCCUCUGACAGCAGUCAUGACCUAUACCAAUGACCAGUUAGUCUAAGGUCUCAUGACCCAUGUGCGUUCCAACUAUUGUUGAAAGCUCACAAUUAGUCCGUUGUAUAUAUCAAGUCCCUUCAUAACAUAGAUUAUGUAGUAGUUCCCCAAGAACAAUUAUUCACCUCUUAAGUGCAAGAAGAUACCUGCUGGAUUAAAAAUGUCAGGAGUAAAUGUAAUUGGGAGUAAGUUUAUAUAUGAUAACCAUCCAUUGGAUGCCUAUUGUCUAAGAGGCCAGGACCUGUCGGAGAAUAAGUCACUGGCUACUAUGCAUGAUUAAUAAAAUUUGAAGGUUUUCUUUCGUUCGCUUCUUUUUUAAAAGGAGACGAGAGUAGAAAAGAGAGAAAAGAAGAGACGUACGAAGUAUUAUGUGGAGAAUAUGUAUCAGGUCAAUGGAGACGUGUCGAUGAGGAUUAUAUCAUGAUGGAACAGCAUGCUUAAACUCCUCUCUCAAUGGCAUAUAUUCACCUACUAGUAGUAUGUCCCAAGUAACAGAUAAAUAGAUUACAAGGAGACAACCCACCAUUAGAUACCACGAGAAACAAUUGAAUGAUAAAGUGAUGUGUGGUGACCUAAAAAAGGACUAGGUAAG